UCUUUCCCCAACACUCUUUCUCUCUCUAGAGAUAACCCUUCUCUUUCUCUCUCUCUCAUCCAUCUCGCUCUCAUAAACUCGAUCGACAGAUUCGUUCGUUCAUAAUUCGUUCGAUUCUCGUUGUUAUCUAUCGUUACUAUCAGGUUAUGUUCGUAUUCCACCCUAACGGCGUUUGAUCAACGUUAUUCACGGCGUUUUAACGGCAUCCUGUUCGUCGUUUCAUCAAAUUCUAUCGAUUUGCGUUUGUUGUGAGCGAAAUUACAGGUUUUCUGAUCUUAAUUUAGCCUUAUUGUCCCACUUAUUGAUUGUGUUUUGUUUGUUUUAUCGGUUAGGUCGAUCUAGGGUUUCGAAUUGAACCUGUUUAUCGUUAGGGCAUUAUUAUUAUUCAUUGAUUCUUUGUCUGUACAUUUGUUAUUGUUUUUUUUAGGUUUUUGGUUAGGAUUGUUGCUGAUAUGUAUAUUCGUUUGGAUAUUGAUUCGUUACAAGAAACUCUGUGAUAUUUUUCGGUGCGUUGUUUUAGUCUGCCCCCAAAAUUGAGGGUUUUCUUGUGUGAGUUUUGCCGGUUUUUUCUAGGGUUAGGUUAUUAUCGAACCAAUCAAAAGAAACAAAAAAAAAGCGAAAAAAGCAGAAGAAAAAAGAUUUGAUUUGGUGAAUUAGCCGAAUCUAGGGUUUUCUCAGGAGUGAUUGUUUGUUUCGGAUUCGUGGGUGUAUAGAAAAUGGCGCUUAAUUAUUCUCAGCGGCCGAUUUUUCCUGCCCAUACAUCGGAAGAUAAUAUGGUGUCACCGUUGAGGAUUGUGAAUGGGUAUGUUGUGGAAGGGUUGACGGAGAAACCGAGGCAUGGGAAUGGAGAGAUUUGUGAGUGUUUUGGUUAUGGAAGAGAGAAAGUUGAUAAGGGUGGCUCACCAGAUCCGGUGUCGGCGGAUAUUAUUGACUUACUGCCGUCGGAUCCGUUUGGGAUGGAUAUUGAUAUUAGUACCACUUUUACGGCCAUCACCGGGUGGCUUGAAGAUUUGGAAGUGGAUUACGGGGCUUAUGUUAGGAACAGCAUUGUGAAUACGAAUGAAGAUUACGAGUUGUUUGCGGGGCUUAAUUUGAUUUGGAACCGUGCUAUGAGGUUUCAGUCGUUUCCGAGCAAUGAGGCACCUGAUGAUAAGGGUGGUGCUGGAUCUACGGCUUUUGAUUUUGGUAGUACGAGUGCUGUGUUUACAAAAGGUGAGGAUCUUGUGGAUGAUUUUCGACGAUCUUCAAACACAGUUGGAGGAGACCCCCAUGAGGCUUUUGUUCUUGCUCUCAGUUAUUUAGGAACAAAAGAUCUUCUUUUAGUGGGGCGUGUUUGUAGAUCUUUGUGUUCUACCAUUCACAAUGAUUCGCUAUUGUGGAGGAAUAUUUACAUCGACCAGCCACUGAAUGAGAGGAUUACUGAUGACGUUCUUGUGCAACUAACUAACAGAGCUGACGGCAAUCUUUCUUCUUUGACACUUGUAAAAUGUCCAAGGAUUACUGAUGAUGGUCUGAAGCGCGUAUUGGAAACCAAUCCAAAAUUAACCAAGUUGUCUAUUCCUGGAUGCACACGACUCAGCAUCGAGGGUAUAUUGACCAACUUAAAGGCUUUCAAGUCAAAUGAAGGCACUUCAGGCGUCAAACAAAUAAGAACCGGUGGGUUCUAUGGCAUCACACUUGAUCACUACAAGGAGUUGAAGUUUUUAUUGGGCAGUGAUGAGGACACGCAUCAAAAUAAUUACAGUCCACAUUAUUAUCAUCGUGGAAACUUAUAUUUACCAUCCGAUGAUAACCGUGACAUAGAUGUUGAAAUAUGCUCAAGAUGUCAGAAUGUAAGGCUUGUCUAUGACUGUCCUGCUGACAGCUGUCAAGUGAAAGAUGAAUCUGCUGAUUUAUGCAGGGCUUGCAUAAUUUGCAUACCAAGGUGUGCCCAGUGUGGUCGUUGUGUACACAACAGCGAGUAUGAAGAGACGUUUUCUUUGGAGUAUCUUUGCUCGGGUUGUAUAAUAGAGCUGCCAAGUUGCCAUGUGGCACAACCAAUGGAGGUUGAUGUGCCAGGUGGGACCGUUUGUUUUCAUGGCUAGGUGAUGAUACUUUGAUUAAGUGGUUUAUCCGUUUAUGAAGUUCCCUGAUGGUUUUCUGAUGAAGAAAUUAAAAGAAACGAAAUAGAUAACGAAUGGGUGACUGUUGAAUGAGUCUGUUGGUGUUGGUGUAGCUUUGGAUGAUGAGAUAAGCACCGAGAUGGGGUUGACUAUGACUUUUUGUUGACUUGCUGUCGAGUACAGCUCCAAUACGGAAGAGGGGAUUGAUGAAAGUUUUCACCGUCUGUAUUUGAAGGAUAUUGAUGACCGGUUUGAUUCUUGCUGGUUUGCAGGUUGUAUUGGUUGGUUUGAAAGGACUAUGGUGUCUAAUUUGGGAUUCAGGGUUUUAUAUUUUGAUUUGAUGUUAUGUAGAUGUUCGUUCAUGUUGAACUUAAAACCUAAUGUUUUCUUGUGUAACACUUGAUUUGAUGAUGUUCAUGUUGAACUUAAAGCCUAAUGUUUUCUUGUGUGACAAGAUUUAGUCGUUCA